GGAAAACUCAAGUAAUACUAUGAAAAUCUGAAAAAUCUUCUGCUUGUUCAUAUAUUUGCUCUGUAGAGAAUAAACAACAAGCAGUCUAACAUUAAAAACUAAAUUGCAAACAGAAACAGUGUCAUAAAUGCAAACCAGGUGUUGGAUUUGACACAUAUGUCUUUGUUGAUUAAACAUAUUGUGAGAGUUAGUGUGAUGCAGAGGAUGCUGGAGGUCAUAGUUUUUUAGUGUUCAAAGUAGAAGACUUUAAAAAGUCUUCCACUUUUUAUGUACCCUAAGCUUUUUAUGUAGCUUAGGGUACAUAAAAAGACCCUGAGCUCUUAAAUACAAUUUAAGAAUCCAGUUUGAGUGUGCCGUCUGCACCAGAAACCACGUCACCAUCUAUUUACGAGCUUCUUUUUAAGUGUUGGGUUUUACGUAGUGGUGCAGAGAAACACUGCAACAAAUGGAACCAAGUGAAACAUACCUGCCAUAUAGGAAGGAAGAGACGGCAUGAUGUAUUUCACACGACACACUUACGUCCUCCACAAAGGUCACGUCUCUCACAGAUCUGAAGGGCUCAAAGCUUCCAGGAAGUAAACGCAGAAAAACUCAUCUGCUUUGGGGAGCGUCUGCUCAGAAGCGCAUGGGAUGCCACGGGCGACAGGCCGCUCCACUGCAUCAUGAUCAACACCUACCAGACCAGCAUGGCGCUGCCGCAGGUGCCUCCGCCGGUGCCGCCGCGGCUCGGCAGGCCCGAGCCCAUCCUCAUCCCGACCCAGCUCCCAUCGGCGGGCUACAGCAAGCCACUUCUGCGAUUUCUGGUCUGCGUGGUGACGCUGCACUUGUUUCUGUCUGUCGGAGGUUUUCUAUACCUGUACUACAAUGAAAGACAAAUUGCACAUGCAACCUACUCCUCACCACAAGGAAGAGUUGGUUUUCCCCCCGUAGAAAAGCAAGACACAACCUACAGAGCCUUUGCACGCAUGUUAAUUGGAAAGCCAAAUGCUACAAUCGAGAAAAAAUCUGGUUACCUUGAGUGGAGAAUGGACCUCUCAGUCCGCAAGAACAUCAAUUACUAUGGCAAAAGCUGGCUGACGGUCCUGGAGCCCGGUGACUACCUCGUCUACUCCAGGGUGACCUUCUCCAAGCACAGCAUCGCCCCGCUGACCGGCUGCAUCAAGCUGAAGAACAUGGAGACGGGAGCGGAGAAGGAGGUGGCCAAGGCCCACUGCAGCCUGAGCGACAAGGACGGCCUGAACCCUCAGCUGUGCACAGUUACGCUGCAGGACGUGAUCACGCUGAGCAGGGGGAACCAGCUCUCCGUCUGGGUGGAAAACCUCUCGCUUGUGGACUACGGAAAGCAAUCGACGAGUUUUGGGAUGUAUAAGCUGUAGGAGCCGCGUGGACUGGGACUCCAAAACAGGGAUCUGCAACUGUGGAUGGAAUAUCGAUACUAAGAAGACUCUGCAGGAGUUAAUCAACAAACUCUUGUGGAAUUGAGAGACAUUUCCAAACUAUAAUUUAUUAAAUAACAUUGUCUUUUUCUUUGUUAUUGUCAGUGAUUGCUUUGUAUUUAUUUAUAUAAAUUGGACUAUCUGUAAAGUAACGUUUAUAUUUAAUCUGAAUGAUCUGGGUUUUUUUUGUUUUUUGGGCGAGCUGAAUUACACAUUUUAAGAAUUAGCACUUACAUUUUUAUUAUCCAGCAACUUUUUGUGGGUAUUAUUUGACAAAAAAAACUCAAAAGUUCAGAAAAACAGCACUUUUUUAAAUGUGAUAAAGAACAGAAACUGCUCUGAACCAGUGGUUUUAAUUUUCUAGGGCACGCAGCAGCAACUAGAGAUGCACCUUCUCACGGUGACAAAGACAGGCAACUCGACCUGUAAAUUAUCUUUAGAAAUCUGAUGAGGUCAACCUUUUCUCUCGUCACAGUUAUCCUUUUCGGAAAUCAAUUUAUCUCAUUUCAGAAUUCAAAAAUAGCACAGAAUGGAACAAAAGCCCAUUUCUGAUGGAAGAUAUAAAAAAAAGCUGAUGGCUUUUGCUUUUUAUGUUGCGCUACAGGUUGCUAGAUGGCAGCAGUUGGAGGAUGUGAGGAGCCUGAAGCAGAGGAUCACUGGACAAAUCCAAUGACCCUUUCAGCUCCCCUCACCUUCCUCUGCAGGGCUGCCUUGUUGCAUCGUUACCCUGAAAGGUUUAACCUCUUACUCAGAGCGGUGUUUUUUCUUUCUUUUUUUAACACAGGGCUUUCUGGGUAGGGUGGCCCAGAUUUUGGGGAAAACCUGAGCAUCUGACAUCUAUUUUUAGUUUUUUUAAGUUAUGCAAUCAGUGCUUGAAACGUGUUUUUAUUGCUUUUUUCCCAUGUCGAUUUGGCAAGGUGCAGUAAAGAGAUUUUUCACUGUAUUUAAAAAAAAACAAACUGGAGAAUGAAUUUAUUUCUGGACUGAUUUUUUUCUACACUGCGCAGAGAUUUUUUUUAAAAGCUCUUCUAUUCUUGCAUGUGAAAACACACAAAAGCUCGUAAAAUUUUUCAGGUUCGCCCAGGGAGAAAAAAAAAAAACUCUAUGCCAUCCAUCUUGAGCCGUGACACUCAUACCAGGCUCGCUUGGGCCUUUUUGUCUUCUUAAAAUAGCUUCACUCUGCUUCUUCAUGACUGUAAUGUUUCCUUUUUAGUUCGUAAGUACACCUGCAGUACUCGAUGAGUAAUUCAAGCGUAUAGGUUGGCAAAUAAAAUGUGCUUUUUUACAUGGAGUGUAACAGUAUGGAAAGUGUGAAUCUCUAUGGAGGUGUGCAGAUGCAGCCUACUCGCACAGCAUGUCACUCCUUCCACCGUGCAAAGGGUUUCCUGAGAGCGAAGCUGAGCAACCUACAAAUUCCUGCGCUGCACAUGAGAUGAACAUGGGGCGGAAAAGCCUGCCUGCCAUCUGUGGAUUUCCAGCAAGAAUGUAGAAAAACCUAUUUCCAUUUCUGUCAUGGUUACAAACUGAUUUUCAAUCCAAAACUCCACUUGUUAUAUUAAACUUUUAAUAAAAGAACAAUCAAACCAAACAUACAGUACAGAAUGUCUAGAAAAAAAGGGUAAAAUACUUGCAACAAUAAUUGCAUAGAACAAGCUUUAAAAAAAACACAAAAAAAAACAAAAACACAGUGGCGUGGAAAUCAGAUGAACUUCUUCCCACUAGUAAGUGCUCACAGAAGCUCUUGGGAAAUUCGAAUUACAGUGUGUGGUGCUUAAUGGAAACAGUCGUUUUGAGGGGAGGAUGCGUCUCCGCAACAUUAUUAGAUCACCUCGUCUGGUGAGACAAGUUGUGCCUUUGAGCCUGAAAUUUGCACCUUAGCAGACGAACCAGCUGCAUCGAACGCUACACAGCGCUGAGAAGUUUCUGAACAGAGGUGCGUGCAAAAACUACAAAAGAAAAAUAACACACUUCCCACACAGCAACUGUGUCACAAAUUCAACGAUCUGGAUCAUUUGUGGAUGA